AUGACCAUUGUUAGAGCCCUGAUUAGCACUGCAGUAAAGAAAGGAUGGGACCUUUAUCAGCUGGAUGUGAAUAAUGCAUUCCUACAUGGAGACCUACAUGAAGAGGUAUACAUGGAAAUCCCACAGGGUCUGAAGGUAGAAGACACACAACUUGUCUGCAGACUAAGGAAGUCUUUGUAUGGCCUCAAACAGCAAGGUGAGUCAUCAGUUUUUGUAGCUAUAUAUGUUGAUGAUGUGAUCCUUAAGGUACUGCAGACUUACUUACAUAAUCAAUUCAAAAUAAAAGACUUGGACAAGUUACACUACUUCUUGGGGCUAGAGAUGCUUUACAAGGAUGAUGGAGUGUUGAUCUCCCAAAGGAAAUUCACCACUGACAUACUGAAAGAGUAUGAUUGCCUGGGGUAUUCUGCUGUUUCAUCUCCACUAGAGUCUUCAAUCAAAUUGAGGGCUGAAGAGGGUACUCUGCUGUCUGAUCCAUCCUAUUAUAGAAAACUAGUUGGGAAACUCAACUUUCUCACAAAUACAAGGCUGGAUAUUGCAUACAGUGUACAAUACCUAAGUCAAUUUAUGCAGGCACCAAGAGAGCCUCACCUGAAGGCUGCUAUACAUGUACUUAGGUAUCUGAAGAAUGAUCCUACUUUAGGCAUCUUUUUGUCCAAUGAUCCUUCUUACAAGGUCACAGCCUAUUGUGACUCAAAUUGGGCAGCAUGCCCUGACUCAAGAAGAUCAGUAAGUGGGUAUCUAGUGCUCUUUGGAGGUAGCCCCAUUAGCUGGAAAUCAAAGAAGCAGACUACUGUCUCACUAUCUUCCGCAGAAACAGAGUAUAGAUCACUGAGAAAGGUGGUUGGAGAGCUGGUAUGGGUGCAGAGAUUGUUGGAGGAACUCACAGUUCCAUGUACUGAUCCCAUUCAAGUGUUUUGUGAUAGCCAAGCAGUUGUACACAUUGCUAGGAACCCUGUGUUCCAUGAAGGACAAAGCACAUAG